GUUAAAACCCGCAAACUCGAGGUUUGUCUUGAUGCUAUUUGCUCUGUCCUCUUCCUGUUUUUUUGUAUUAUUCUUGUUUUCAUAUUCUGUUCCUCCUGUCUUUCACUAGUAUGUCCUCUUUCACCCAAUCUUGUUGUGCUUGUUCGUUGCACCGCACGCUUUCCAUUGGGCGACCUGCGCUAGUGCUGUUCUUGCAGCGGCCCGUGGCACAGGUGGGGGUGCCUGGUGGGUGCUCCAUCCAUUGAUGACGCCGGCUUUUUUUCUUCUCUCAAAGUCCACUUGGUGAUGCACGUCUGGGCACCUGUCAGAAAAGCUUCAUUUCGCUCCUGCUUCCUCGCUGGUGACUUUCAAUACUCUCCGCCAAACCAACAUCGCACGCAACCAUGAAGAUCCUUGAGUCGCAAAACGCCGUCCUUAGUAACUAUGAGGUCUAUACCCACCUCGUCGAAUCCAAGGCUCGCUUCGCUGAGCGGCAGAAAAAGGAGCACCGCCGCCCCCCCAAAAACUACCAGAUUGUGACCAAAGAUGUGAUGCAAUAUUUCCAAACAUACCCAAACCCUCUCAGUCAGCAGCCACCCACGUAUGACCAGGACAGCAUCGCCUCCCUGGUCGAGCGGCUCGCCGAGUUUGGUCUCUCCAAGGGCGAGGUGCUCAUGAUCGUCAACCUGCGCCCCACCGAGCUGCCAGGCCUGUACGUGUGCGUUGAGGAGAUGGCCGAACGCUACUCGGCCGACCAGCAGUCCCGCAUGCUCGACAUCGUCGUCCAAGUCCUGGGCCCCUUCCCGCGUGCCGGCGGUGAGGAUGGAGGCGAAGAGGGAGAGGAGCCGAUCGCCGACUCCAUCGAGAACGGACAGGGAGCAUAGGGCGUCGCUACUUCUGUCCGUUCACAUUAUGCCGCAUCCUCCCUCGCUCUGUCCUCCCUCGUCUGUCGUCGUCUUGACCGCGGCCUUGAAGACGUCCUCGAACGCCUCGCUCAGCAGCUCACCUGUCACGGCCGAGCACUCCAUAUAAUUGUCCGCCCUCAUCUCCUGUGCGAUCCUGUGCCCCUCCUGUGGGUAUAUGAUACCGUUUGGAUCGUCUUCCGACCUCAGGUCCCGCUUGAGGCCCAGUACGAGGAUCGGGAGGGAGUCCGCAUCGGGUAACGUCGACCUCACCUCUUUGAUCCACUGUUGGAUAGGGUGCGGAAGAGAUGGGGAUAGUUGUCAGCGCCCGACUUUGUCCCCUCCUUGCCUCUCUGGUUCGGCAUCAUGGCAGACACAUUUGGCAAGCGGAAAAUAUGUGGCCAACAACGACUCACCACCCUCUGCAUAUUGAUGAGGCUAAGGCGUUGGCUGAUGUCGUAGCAUAUGACGACAACAUCUGGGCGGAGGAUGUGCCAGUCGUGGGGAGCCGAUGUGUCGUGUAGCUCUACCUUAUAGAGGCCUUUUCUAGAUCGCAACUCGAAAAGGAAGGGCUGGUCCGAGUCGCGCAGGAGGGUGAUGUCAGCCCUCCCCCGCAGCCUAUCCUUCCCCUGGCUAAUGCGUCUUAUGGGAGGCAAAAAGGGAGUCAUUAGAAGAUACUGCAAAGCGUGUAUGAGGCAGGGAAACCCGGAUGCCAUAAUUUGAACACGGUGAGCAACAUACGAGAGGAAGGU